AUGGCUAGCAAAUCUCAACCUCCCAUAUAAGAAAAAACUUUUCAUGAAUGGUCUAAAAACAACUUCUAUAGAACAAGCUACAUCAAUCAUUACACUCAAGUAUAGGAAUUGUUUCAUGUCAUCUAGUUUCCAUAAGAACCAAAAAGUACAGCAAUUCCAGGAUAUGCAGGCUAUGUGCCAUAUGUGCAAUCAGAGAAUUUAUAUGGUGAACGAUUUUCUCAAGUAGCCAGAAAAUCACUUGCAGACUAAAAGUUAGGAAAAUUCAAUAGAUUAUCGUCAACUGGAUUUAAUUUUGAUCCUAAAGAAUUAAUUGAUGUACAUAAGGAAGCUUAUUCUCAUAAAUAUGGAUGCUAAACCUUAUUGAAAAAUCAUCCAUGUACUCAUAUCAAUUAGAUGAUUACUUCCUAUCAAGACGGUUUCAAAAAGCCUUAAGAACUUGUUGCUCCAACGUAUUUAAAAAGAAUUAUAAUUAAAUAGAUUUCGUAAGACUGAUAGAUAUCUAGAGACUUAAUAAGCUUAAACUAAAACAUCAGGAUUUUAGAAGAAUCAUAUGUAAUUUGAUGGAUCAGGUUGGAUUCCUCAUGAAAAUAUGAAUGGUUUACAAUAUAUUUUUUAAUUUAGGCGAUUAAGUGAGAACGGAAUACAGAAUUUAAUAUAAUUAGGAAAAACCAUUCCACAGAAAUCCAAACUAAUUCAAAUUAAGAAAAAUGAAGUAAACAGAAAUGAAUUAUAAACAUACCUGA